AGAUUCCGGUGAACAUGCCCGGUCUACCGCCCGUGCCGUUGAUCCCGGCGAUAACCGCGGAGUCCAUCUGCGAGCAGGCGGCCAGGCUGCUCUUUCUGAACGUCCAUUGGGCCCGAGACCUGGCUGCCGGCACGAACCUGGCCAUGGAGGACCAGCUCACGCUGUUGGAGUCCUCCUGGCGCGAGCUGUUCCUGCUCGCAGCCGCGCAAAUUCUGCCGACGCUGGACCCGAGCGCGUUGCUUCCGCCGGGGCCGCAGGGUCUGAGCCUGGCCGUCGAGGUGAACCGCUUCAGGGAGACGCUGGCCGGUUUCCACGGGAUGAACCUCGACCAGCACGAGUUCGCCUGCAUCCGGGCGAUCGUGUUAUUCAAGGCUGGCUUGGACUGCGAGCCUUUACCAAGCAGCAGAAGCAGCAACGGAUCGACGUCGCCGAGUGCCGGCAGCGGCAGCAGGCUCAGGGACGCGGCUGCCGUGGCCAGGCUGCGGGACGGGGCCCAGCUAGCCCUGGGCCAGAGACUAAGCGGGGCCUCCUUCGGUGCGCUCAGGUUCGGCAAGCUGUUGCUGCUGCUGCCGUCGCUUCGCUCGGUGUCCGCCCAUGCCAUCGAGGAGCUCUUUUUCAGGAGGACCAUCGGCGGCAUACCCAUCGAGAGGAUCAUCUGCGACAUGUACAAAGCUGGCUGAACCGAGAACACGUCGAGCACGUGCUCGAUGCUAUUCGGUUGCUUCGACGCGUCCUCGUGGUUGAAGACUCGCGUGUCCGCGAUUAGAAUCGGGCAGAAUCAAACGAAGUUUCCGGAGAGUCUUUCAAUUUUAUAAUCGACACUCGAUUCGCGAUUCAAAAUCGCAAUGGAACGCGCGCGGUCUGACAUUCGCGUGGAAUCUUUAGGGAAGUUAAACUAAGUUCAGUUGCGGUUGUGCAAGUCGCAGUUUACGGAGAUGCGGAGAGAUGAUUCUUGAGGAGAUUUCAAGCAACUUUUUCCUUAGCGACAACGCGAUCCGCGGCUUCGUUUACGAGUUAUUAACGAAAAACGGCGACCAAUGAGAGGCGAGAUCGACUGCCAGGCGGCGGCCAAGCCAAUCGCCGGAGCUGGGCCUGCUUGCGCGCCGGUCGAGCUCGCCGCUCAUUGGUCUACGUUUUUCGUCGAUGUCUCGUAAACGGAGCCUCGGAUCGCAUUUUCGCUAAGGAGAAAGUUGCUUCAAACGACCUCGGGAACCUCUCUAUUUCCUUAUCUCGAGCGACUUUUGGGACCGUCUAGGCUGCGUCGGUCCUUCGAAACGGGACUGGUUUAACCGGAAAUUGGACUCUCGAAGCGUCGCGUCUCGGGAUAUUAGCAUAUUAUUAUUUAAUUGUACGUGCAAACGUGAUAGGUACGUGUAAGUUUCAAGUUUCAAGUUUGAAAUCGCGUAGUGGACGAAAUUAAUCGGGAGAAGGUAUUUACAGUUCGAUCGAUCCGAGCUGAAUUUAGCAUAACGCGAGGCUUGUUCCAGGCAACUAGGACAAUCGAUUCCGGAUUCUAAUUCUCGGUUGCACGAGUACAGUGAUUUCUUCCCUAAUUUCUGCUCCUUCUUUCGAUAGUUAUUCGAUCGUCAACGAGUAUAACAAAUCGUAUCCCUUCUUCCCAAAUUGUCCACUUCUGUGCACAAUUUGAACGCGAAUCGGGGAGAAAUUACUGUAAUAAGAAUAGCAAGACUUUAUAACUGUGAUGGAAACAUAUCACGAGAGAUUGAUAGAUUAUAUCGAAGCAAUUGAUCGACUGAGAGGAGAGUUCGCGUACGUCCAUUAAUUUUGUAUGAUAAAUGUAUAAUAUUGUAACGAGACAAAGGUUCGUACGAAGUACGAGGAAUCGCAAUAAUUGAAUAGCCCGUCGUCGCGUCACCUGCGAGAUAUUUGAAGAAUUUCCCGUCGUUGUCCUCCGUAGAAAGAUCGUUGUAUAAUAUUUGAAACGAAAGGUGCAGAUCGGUGUACCGAGGAUACUUUAUUUUAAUCGCAUCCGUGGCAAUAUAAGACGUGAAAUUCUGGCGGCGCGACGACGAUCGACGUAGAUGUAAUUUGUAUGUCUGAUGAGAAAAGUUUACGGUGACCAUGGGGAACCGAUCAACGAAAUAAAUAUAACAAAAAGAGAUCUGUCGCGUGUACAAAAAUGUAAAAUACGGUUCCACGACGUUUAGUUUGACUAUACGGAAACGAUGUUACACGGCGGGAGGCACGCGUCCAAUUGUACAAAUAAUUUUAAAGGUAUGUAAAUAAAAUGUUACGAACCGUGAAAACAUGAAAA